AUGGAGCAUUACAGAGAAGACAUCCCAUAUUGCCACAUCCACCCUACAGAGGCUACUCGAGGUGUAUGUCCCCUUUGUUUGAAAGAGGGGCUUCUCAUCUUGGCAUCCAAACUCAAGCAAGAGCUACUUGUUGAGAUCCCCCACAGACGUCAGAACGCCCUUGUGAAGGUCCUUUCUUUUGGGUCCUUGGCUAAGACCAGCCAUAGCCACCACAGAGCUCCCUCAAAGGUCUUUUCUUUUAAGUCCUUGCUCCAUAGCUUCCGAUUUCGACAGCAGAAACUGGGCGAUGCCAACCAAGAUGCAUCCUCCAGCCCCGGCUCAUCUCCAUAUUCAGUUUUUUCAAUUGACAUUGGAAACAACAUCUGCACAUUGCGGAACACCGGCUUAAGCUCUAGGCCCCCUCAAGAGGCCCUUAACUUCUCUUCUACUCAGAACUUCAGCAAGGAAGCUACAAUGGCCAAGACGGUUGUAAAGCACAAGAAACUGCACUGUACAAUGAGGUGGAGAAAGCGAAUCAGGCAGUUUCUGCAGCAUCCAUGGAGGAGAUCGGCCAGUCAUGUUCGCAUUGUUCCUGUUCAAAACUUUUGA